AGAUCUGUUUGGUUCAGUUGCUGAGAAGCCUGACAUACCAGGACUGCCUGAGACAAGCCACAGGCUGAACAGAGAAAGUGGAUUGAACAAGGACGCAUUUCCCCAGUACAUCCACAACAUGCUGUCCACAUCUCGUUCUCGGUUUAUCAGAAAUACCAACGAGAGCGGUGAAGAAGUCACCACCUUUUUUGAUUAUGAUUACGGUGCUCCCUGUCAUAAAUUUGACGUGAAGCAAAUCGGGGCCCAACUCCUGCCUCCGCUCUACUCGCUGGUGUUCAUCUUUGGUUUUGUGGGCAACAUGCUGGUCGUCCUCAUCUUAAUAAACUGCAAAAAGCUGAAGUGCUUGACUGACAUUUACCUGCUCAACCUGGCCAUCUCUGAUCUGCUUUUUCUUAUUACUCUCCCAUUGUGGGCUCACUCUGCUGCAAAUGAGUGGGUCUUUGGGAAUGCAAUGUGCAAAUUAUUCACAGGGCUGUAUCACAUCGGUUAUUUUGGCGGAAUCUUCUUCAUCAUCCUCCUGACAAUCGAUAGAUACCUGGCUAUUGUCCAUGCUGUGUUUGCUUUAAAAGCCAGGACGGUCACCUUUGGGGUGGUGACAAGUGUGAUCACCUGGUUGGUGGCUGUGUUUGCUUCUGUCCCAGGAAUCAUCUUUACUAAAUGCCAGAAAGAAGAUUCUGUUUAUGUCUGUGGCCCUUAUUUUCCACGAGGAUGGAAUAAUUUCCACACAAUAAUGAGGAACAUUUUGGGGCUGGUCCUGCCGCUGCUCAUCAUGGUCAUCUGCUACUCGGGAAUCCUGAAAACCCUGCUUCGGUGUAGAAAUGAGAAGAAGAGGCAUAGGGCAGUGAGAGUCAUCUUCACCAUCAUGAUUGUUUACUUUCUCUUCUGGACUCCCUAUAACAUUGUCAUUCUCCUGAACACCUUCCAGGAAUUCUUCAGCCUGAGUAACUGUGAAAGCACCAGUCAACUGGACCAAGCCACGCAGGUGACAGAGACUCUUGGGAUGACUCACUGCUGCAUCAAUCCCAUCAUCUAUGCCUUUGUUGGGGAGAAGUUCAGAAGCCUUUUUCACAUAGCUCUUGGCUGUAGGAUUGCCCCACUCCAAAAACCAGUGUGUGGAGGUCCAGGAGCGAGACCAGGAAAGAAUGUGAAAGUGACUACACAAGGACUCCUCGAUGGUCGUGGAAAAGGAAAGUCAAUUGGCAGAGCCCCUGAAGCCAGUCUUCAGGACAGAGAAGGAGCCUAG